AUGGAUCCAACCCGAAAACCCGAUCCGGUUUACGAUAUCGUCAUACUCGGAGCAUCCGGAUUUACCGGCAAAUACGUCGUCCGAGAAGCUCUCAAGUUCUUCCAAACACCGUCUUCUCCGUUAAAGACCCUAGCUUUAGCGGGUCGUAACCCGACCCGGUUAACCCAAUCUCUUCAGUGGGCUUCCCACCCGAACCCGCCUCCUUCUUCCGUCGCUAUCCUCACCGCUGAUACAUCCGACGCGGAUUCACUUCGCCGUCUCUGUACCCAAACCAAACUCAUCCUCAAUUGUGUUGGACCCUUUCGCAUCCAUGGCGAGCCUGUCGUCGCCGCUUGUGCUGAUUCAGGGUGUGAUUAUUUGGAUAUAAGUGGUGAACCUGAGUUCAUGGAGAGAAUGGAAGCUAAGUACCACGAAAAAGCCGAAGAAACCGGUUCUUUAAUCGUUUCUGCUUGUGGUUUCGAUUCAAUGCCUGCUGAAUUGGGUCUUCUUUUCAACUCCAAACAAUGGGUAACUCCAUCAGUUCCUAACCAGAUCGAAGCAUACCUCAGCUUGGAGUCUAACAAAAAAAUUGCUGGAAACUUUGGGACUUAUGAGUCUGCGGUUUUAGGUGUCGCCAAUGCAAAAAAGCUUCAAGAACUGAGACGUUCAAGACCAAGAAAGUCAAGGCCAUCGAUUCCUGGUCCACCAGCUAAAGGACCAACACUAGAAAACCAGAAGAAGAUUGGCCUUUGGGCUUUAAAGCUACCUUCUGCUGAUGCAGUAGUUGUUCGUAGAACUCUCACAACUCUAACAGAGAAACCACAUGGGCUUCCUGGGCUUAACGAGAGUCCUGAUCAAAUACAGAAGAGAGAAGCAUUCUGGUCAACGAUCAAGCCAGCUCAUUUCGGUGUAAAGAUAACAUCCAAAUCUCUCUUUGGGAUAUUCCGAUAUGUUACACUAGGAGUGUCCCUUGGUCUACUUUCCAAGUUCUCCUUCGGAAGAUGGCUUCUUUUGAAAUUCCCUUCGGUUUUUAGCCUUGGUUGGUUCCAGAAGAAGGGUCCAAGUGAAGAAGAGGUAGAAAGCGCUACGUUUAAGAUGUGGUUUAUAGGUCGUGGCUACAGCGAAGAGAGUCUUGUUUCAGAAGGAAAGACAAAGCCUGACAUGGAAAUUAUUACAAGAAUUUCAGGACCUGAGAUUGGGUAUAUAACCACCCCGAUAACACUUGUUCAAUGCGGUUUGAUAGUCUUGGGCCAGCGCGAAAGCCUAGUUAAAGGAGGAGUCUACACGCCUGGCAUUGUAUUUGGUUCAACCGAUAUCCAGCAGCGACUCGAAGAGAAUGGCAUAUCCUUUGAGGUGAUUUCAAAGAACAAGAUUCAAGAAUAA